AUGAAUCCCUAUGAAGUCGAACACAACAUAAAACCCGCCUCCCAAUCCACUAGACCGCGUCGCCGGCCUUCUAUGUCCUCUUUCUUCAACCAACUAUCUCAGAUUGAAACAUCGACUUCUGCUACCGAUCCCAGCUGGCAUCACAAUAAUCCGCACGCUGUUCCUACUCCUGUUGACGUAGCAGCUUCCUACCGACUCCUCCAAGAUCAAUUCCUGACUCUCCGGACAAACGACCCCUCCUCUUCAACAGCAUCUCUCCUCGAUAUCCUCAUCGACUCCAUAACCUCUCAAAUUGACGACCCGCCAACCACCAUAUCAGGCUGUUCACAAGCCUACCUCGACACCAUUGACCGCGUUCCUCGCUCCUCCCUAAAAGCAGACGAAACAUGUCCGAUCUGUGGAGAAAAAUUCCUCGAUGACCAAUAUUGUUUAGUUGUCGUGUUACCAUGUCAUCCAGCACAUAAGUUUGAUUUAGAAUGUGUAGGACCUUGGUUAAGACUUAAUGGGACGUGUCCAUUGGAUCGGAAGAAGGUUGGGGAUGGGGAGGAUAGGGCGAAGGAGGCGGAGAGGGAGAGGGAGAGGAUGAGGAGAGGAGUGGAGGGAUUAGGGUUUAGACAGGAGGGGGAGGGGGCUGAAAGGAGGAGAGAAGAGGAAAGGAGGAAGGCGGAGGUGGAGGAGGAGAGUGAUGGGGAUGAUGGGAUGUAUGCUUAA